AUGCCGUCCAACGCCAACUUUCAAGCCUGCAACACAUGGCAAGAAAUCGCCGCCGAGCAUCGCAAGCAACUCCCCAUACCCGCCGCCGCCGUUUCGCAAGAUCCACAUCUCACCGAAUGGGCACACAACGCAAACUCUCACUACAUCAACCCUUCCAAUGCGAAACCCGGUCCCUCUCUUUCCUCACUGCUUGGCCAUCCAUCUACCAAACAAAUCUGGUCUUCCGAGCUCGAUCCCCUUCUCGAUGGACUCGAUGCAACUGGCAUUGUCCAACUCACACGUUCCGGCAAGGUGUCUGUUCAAGAUUUAGUACAACUCUUUUUGAAGCGUGCAUGCAUAGUACAUCAGGCUACUAACUGUCUUUCGCAUCUCUUUGCUCAACAAGCCAUCCAGCGCGCAAAAGAGCUCGAUGCUAAGCGUGCCCUGCUCCAAGAGCAAGGUCGACUGGACCAGCUAGGUCCACUCUUCGGCCUGCCGAUGAGUAUCAAGGGUCAAAUGUCCUAUGGAAGCCACGGAAACCAACGUGGCUUCGUCUUUGACGUCCUGCCCGACCCUGCUUCACACCCGCUCGUCAACCGGAAUCUCACUCGGCAGCAGGUGCAGCUCUUGGCGUCAACCCAAGGUGGAUAUGUGGCAGAGGAGCCAGUCGAUUCCAGCAUUGCAAAGCUACUACUGCAAAACGAUGCGGUCAUCCUGGCCAAAACAACCGUGCCCCAGGGCAUUAUGCAUCUCGACACGACGAGCAACUUGUACGGCCAAACGUUGAACCCGUGCAAUCUCGCCUUGAGCCCAGGUGGUUCGAGUGGUGGAGAGAGUGCGUUGGUCGCCGGUGGCGGUAGUGCGAUGGGCGUGGGCUCGGAUAUCGGUGGAAGCAUCCGUCAGCCGUGCGGCGUGACCGGACUAUAUGGCAUCAGGCCUACUACACAGAGGCUGCCAUAUGCAGGUAUACGCUCGACCAUGCCCGGAAAUGAGGCGGUGGGAUCGUCGUUAGGGCCAAUGGCCAAGAGUUUGAGAGAUCUCGAGCUGUUCAUGUCGAGCCUUAUGAAUCAGAACACUAGACCGUGGGACUGGGACCAUACCGUGUUGCCAAUGCCCUGGCGUAAGGUGGACACCUUACUGCAGAAUGGCGCGUCGCGAACCAAGCCUAUUAUUGUUGGGGUAAUGAUGGAGGACGGUGUCGUUCGUCCGACGACGCCUGUGCGACGUGCGCUUUGCAACUGGGUCGAGCAGCUGAAUCGGUUUGCUAGUCAAACAGAUUCUCAUCUGCCACGCAUUCAACUUCGACGUUGGAACCCGCGUGACCUGCACCGUCGUGCGUGGGACGUGAUCCGAUCACUCUACUUUAUGGAUUCUGGUAAGAUGUUUGCUCUGCUCGCCAAAGCUACUGGCGAACCGCUGCUCGCUCUGACGCAGUUCAUCCUAUCGGAACCCUUUGUCCGUUCCUUCACGGCUGAUCUCGACGCCGACGCUGCUCGCGACUCGACAAUGCGCAAACUGGACGAACUGUCCUACUCUGAGUCGUGCGCCAACAUUCGCAUCCGCGAGGCGUUCAGAAAAGAGUUUCUGCAAGCGUGGAACCUGCUCGAACUCGACUGUCUGCUGACUCCUGUCAUGGGCAAUGUGGCGCCCAGACCGGCAACAGUUACAUACUGGGGCUACACGAGCGUUUUCAACCUGGUCGACUAUCCAGGAGUGGUGUUCCCGUCCGGUUUCAAGGCGGAUGCCAAGGCUGAUCAGCAAUUCGAAGCCGUCGCUGCUGGUAGUGGCGAGUUUGCCUACACCAACAAGCACGACUGGAUGAGCGAGUUCGACAAGCACAACACGCAAGAGUAUCAACAGCACAGACAAGUGUUUGACGGUGCUCCGGUAGGCUUGCAGCUGAUUGGACGCAGGUACAGGGAUGAAGAACUGGUAAAGUAUGCCGAGCUACUUCAGCAUAUUGUAGGCAGCAAGUGA